AUGCAGCAGACCCAACCCACUACUCCCCCCCAGCAGCAAUACAUGAGGUACCAACCCCCACCAAGGCAGCUGCAGCAGCAGCAGCUGCAGCAGCAGCAGCAGCAACUGCUGCAGCAGCAGCAGAUGCUGCAGCACCAGCAGAUGCUGCAGCAGCAGCAAAUACUGCAGCAGCAGCAGCAAAUGCUGCAGCAGCAGCAAGUGCUGCAACCACAGGGAUCCCCAAUGUUUAUGCCGCUGCAGCAGCAGCAGCAACUGCAGCAGCUGCAGCAGCAGCAGCUGCAGCAGCAGCAGCAGCAGCACGGGGUUAUGUGCAGCAGCACGCCUGGAGCCAUUCUGCUGCCUCUCUCUCCUCGUGCUGCACCACUCAGCUGGCAGGAGAAGCUGCUGCAGCAGCAGCAGCAGCAACAGCAGCAGCAGCAUUUGCUGCUGCAGCAGACACCCCAUCACUAUUACCAGCAGCAGCAGCAGCAGCAGCAGCAGCAGCAGCAGCUGGAGCAGCAGCAGCUAUAUCAGCAGCGAAUUCACCAGACCCUCUACCCGCAGCAGCAACCCUAUCAGCAGCAGCAGCAGCAGCAGCAGCAGCAGCAGCAGCAGCAGCAAGAGCAAUACAUGAGGCACCGCAGCGAUUGUUUUUCUCCUGUCUCAGAUGGUGAAGCCCAAGGACAGCAGCAGCAGCAGCAGCAGCAGCAGCAGCAGCAGCAGCAGCAGCAGCAGCAGCAGCAGCAGCUGUGCUGA